AUGCCAGAGAAGCCUCCUUCCACAAUUUCUGCACCCUCUACAAAUGUGGGGAUGAGCAGUAAAGAUGGUGACAUAAUAGAAAUUGAGUCUGCUACUGUGGAAGUGCAAAAGGAUGAGGGUGAUAUUUGUCCUUAUUCCAUAAUGGAACUCCCUGCCGGAAAAGCCAAGCAAGGCCUCUGCCCAAAGCCAGAAGUAUCACUGAAUUCUACAGCUUCCUGUGAUAAUAAAUGUGUAAAUGACAGUGAAUGCUCAGUACACAUGAAAUGCUGUGAUACAGGAUGUGGACAUCACUGUGUAUAUGCAGAACGGGCAGGAUUCUGUCCAUACAAUGACCUCCCAGUGACAGCUGGUGAAGUACAAGAGCCAAAGUGCAAGAGUGACUUUGAUUGUGAGGGUAAGGCGAAGUGUUGUGAGCGAGGUUCUUCACGAGACUGCCUCCCUGCAUCAAGGGGAAAACCAGGAAUAUGCCCCGCUGUCAAUGACUCAAAUUCUAAUCUUGAGUGCUCUACUGACCGAGAUUGUUCAGAAAGUCUCAAGUGCUGCAGUCAGAGAUGUAUGCCUCCUGUAAAAGGAAAAACAGACUAUACAACUUUCAGUAAUCUGAAAGAAUGUAACCAGCACAACUGCUAUUACAUCAAGGACAAAAGGUCCAUACACACUGAGCCCAGUGAUGUUCAUGGAGGGUGA